AUGUCCACUUGUCAAAGUAGACAAACGUUUGUCAAGCCGGCGGUUCCCUUCUCGUGGACCAUCCGAGGCGGACUUCUUCCCGGCGAGACCAUCCUCGUGGAAGGCCGGCUGCCUUCCGGCGCCGACAGGUUCCAGGUGGACCUGACGUGUGGCAGCAGCGUGUCGCCGCGCGCCGACGUGCUUUUCCACUUCAACCCGCGUGUGAAGAAAGGUCACGUGGUGUGUAACACGCUGCAAGAAGGUCGCUGGGGUCAAGAGGAGAUCCUCCAACGCAUGCCCUUCGCCGGCAACGCCGACUUCGAGCUGGUCAUCCUUGUCUUUAGCGACCGCUUCAAGGUGGCGCUCAACGGCGCUCACCUGUUGGAGUACAAACAUCGGCUGCCGUUGGAGCGCGCCGAUACGCUGGCCAUUUCGGGGAAGGUCCAGAUCCACGCCGUGGCCGUUCUGCCGUCGGCCGCGAGCGUCCCGGCGCUUUUGCCGACGGACGAACGGAGCGAGAAGGAGUUGCGCCCGCUCGUCAUGUCGGCAGAUCAGCGCGGCGGAUUCCGAGGCGAGCUGAUCGGCGGCCUCCGCCCCAAUGUCGCCGUGGUCAUCAGAGGACAAGCCCAUCAGGAGGCGGAGAGUUUUGCCGCCAACCUGCUGUUGGACGGCGGCAGUGGCACGGCGCUGCAUUUCAACCCUCGCUUCAAAAGCAAGGUGAUGGUGCUGAACUCCUUCCUGUCCGGUUCCUGGGGUGACGAGGAGCGACAAGGAGAGCACUUCCCUUUUGGGCCAGGCCUCUACUUUGAGGUGAUCAUUCGCUGCGAAGCCGAUCGUUUUCGCGUGGCUGUCAAUGGCGUCCACCGGCUGGAUUACAAAUACCGCGUGCGGGACUUGCGAAGCAUCACUGGGGUGCGCGUGACGGGCGACCUGUCGCUGACGGAUGUCUGUCUCAUGUGA